CUUCAUACCGUCCAUUCAAAAACUUCCCGUUCAUCAAUACUUCCUGCGUGAUCAUAGAAGGUAGUGUAGGAUGAUAAUGUAGUGUACGUCGUAGGAGAUCAGGAACAUCGAGAAAAACAAAAAUGAAAUUAACCGCUGAAAAUAACUGUUCUCGUGAUUUCCCAGCGUAAGAUAUCAUCCUCGGCGCACGUUAAUUUCCCUCUCUCAGCCACUAGCUCUCUCCAAUAAGAGCUCACUCUAGCCAACACAAACACAUUUCGCUCUCCCUUUCUCUCUCUCAACAGCAGGAACAUGGAGUCGCGAGUGCUGUCACGUGCCACCAACAUCUCCACCGUCUGUAACUUCGGGAAGCCGUUGCGGGAGAGCAACCACAACGUCAGCUUCGUCUCCGUCAAGCCAAUCGGAGCUGUUGGCGAAGGCGGUAAUGUGAUCUGGGGGAGACAGCUACGUCCGGCUUUACUCCUCGAGAGCUCGCAUGCUCCUGCCGGCUUGUUCGCCGGAAGAAGGGAGAUUCUCCGGCCCUGCCUCGCCGCCGCUUCUUCGCCUGCCCAAGGAGGCGAUUCCGCCGGAGAUGUGAAAGUCGGGUUCUUUGACAAGUACCCGGCUCUUGUCACCGGGUUUUUCUUCUUCAUGUGGUACUUCUUGAACGUGAUAUUCAACAUUUUAAAUAAGAAGAUUUACAAUUACUUUCCCUAUCCUUAUUUUGUGUCAGUUAUUCAUCUGCUGGUUGGAGUUGUGUACUGCUUAUUUAGUUGGGCCGUUGGCCUUCCCAAGCGCGCUCCUAUCGAUUCAAAACUCCUGAAGCUGUUGAUCCCUGUGGCUGUGUGUCAUGCGCUAGGCCAUGUCACCAGCAAUGUCUCUUUUGCAGCAGUUGCUGUCUCAUUUACUCAUACCAUCAAAGCUCUCGAGCCCUUCUUCAAUGCUGCUGCAUCUCAGUUCAUACUAGGACAAUCAAUACCCAUCACUCUAUGGCUGUCUCUGGCUCCUGUUGUUCUUGGUGUGUCCAUGGCAUCAUUGACUGAACUUUCAUUCAACUGGACGGGCUUUAUUAGUGCUAUGAUAUCCAACAUAUCAUUCACUUACAGGAGUAUCUAUUCAAAGAAAGCCAUGACUGAUAUGGACAGUACCAAUAUAUAUGCUUAUAUUUCUAUCAUUGCCCUCAUUGUCUGUAUUCCACCUGCCAUUAUUGUUGAGGGACCUCAACUGGUCAAGCAUGGUUUUGCUGAUGCAAUUGCCAAAGUGGGUAUGGUCAAGUUUGUCUCAGAUCUUUUCUGGGUGGGAAUGUUUUACCAUCUCUACAAUCAGUUGGCUACCAACACCUUGGAGCGGGUUGCACCUCUUACGCAUGCUGUUGGCAACGUGCUGAAACGUGUGUUUGUGAUUGGAUUCUCAAUAUUGGUAUUUGGUAACAAGAUCUCAACACAAACAGGUAUUGGAACAGUCAUUGCGAUUGCAGGAGUUGCAAUGUACUCUUUCAUUAAGGCCAAGUUGGAAGAAGAGAAACGACAAACGAAAGCGGCAUGAGACGAAAAGAGGCAAGGCAUGAAGGAAAUCUUGGAUGUAAAGUCAUGUUCUACUGUUCCAAAGAUAAAAAUGACAAAUUGAGUACCAUCUGUCAUUGUGAAGUUACUAUUAUUAUUAUUUUUUUGAUAAUUUUGUUUGAUGCUGAGUACAAACAAUUGCUAAUUUGCAAUCAGCUCAUGUUGACUGAAAUAAUUUCUCACUUGCUGUCUCUCAAAACUAGCUUAUAUGUUUAGAAGCUCUAGAGAGUUUAACAGAAAGUGAUAAUGAGAUAUGUGAAUAGUGAAUUGCAUGAGUAGAAGUCUUCUGAAA